AUGGCUCCGCUGCGCUUCUCCGCCAACGUGUCGUGGCUGUUCCCGGAACUUCCCGGCCUCCCCGCGCGGCUCCUGGCCGCGGGCAGUUCGGGUUUCGAGGCGGCCGAGGUCGGCUGGCCGUACGGGGAGCCGCCGGAGGCGCUAGCGCGCGCGGCGCGGGAAGCGGGGCUGCAGCUCGUGUUGAUCAACACGCCCCCGGGAGACCGAGAGAAGGGGGAGAUGGGGCUGGGGGCCGUUCCCGGGAGGCAGGCGGCCUUCCGAGAGGGGCUGGAACAGGCUGUGCUGUACGCCAAGGCCCUGGGCUGUCCCAGGAUUCACCUGAUGGCUGGCCGAGUGCCCCAGGGGGCUGAUGGAGCAGCAGUCAGGGGUGAAAUGGAGACAGUUUUUCUGGAGAACCUCAGGCACGCAGCUGGGGUUUUGGCUCAGGAGAACCUCGUGGGACUGCUGGAGCCCAUCAACACCCGCAUCACGGACCCCCGGUACUUCCUGGACACGCCCCAGCAGGCGGCAGCCAUCCUACGGAAAGUUGGAAGACCCAACCUCCAGUUACAGAUGGACAUAUUCCACUGGCAGAUCAUGGACGGGAACCUGACAGGGAACAUCCGGGAGUUCCUGCCCAUCGUUGGGCACGUGCAGGUGGCACAGGCCCCAGGCCGGGGGGAACCCAGCAGCCCCGGAGAGCUGAACUUCCCCUAUCUGUUCCAACUGCUGGAAGAUGAAGGCUACACAGGCUUUGUGGGCUGCGAGUACCAGCCUCAAGGAGACACGGUAGAGGGCUUGAGUUGGCUGCAUUCGUACUGGGAUAAGCGGGGCCGUCCACAGGCUGGCCGGUGAGGUCCUGCACUCUAGCCACACACCUCUGGGGCGGUGAGCUGCACAUCCUGAGUCUCCUCUGAAUUAAAGACAGCCUGCUGA